UCCGGUGGACAUCGCGGCACCCGGUGCCCGGCUUUCCCAGCCUUACAGUUGAGGAGAUACGCAGGUGCGCCGCCGGCUCGCCACAGUUUGGCAAUCUGCCACAGUUUGGCAAUCUGUCUUCACUUCACUUAAACUAGAGGUUUGACUCCAGCAUCUACUGUUGCCACCACUACUAGUUCAAGCACCAUGCUGUUUACAUCAAUAUCAAAUUUUUCUACUUCUGCUGCUACUUGGUUCUCAUUUCGCACCCCAACAAUUUCGGCUGCAACGUUUGGUGGUAUAACUUUCGGAUUUGGAUUAAUAUUCCCUGGAGCGGGUGGAGCAGAGUCUACUACACCAUCAACGACUACUACCACCACCACCACCACAACCACCACAACCACUAGUGAAUUUACCUUCAGUGGAAAACCACUGAUAUCAACUGGGAUUAAUUACACUAUUCCAGUCAGUUUUGCUUCUACACCUUUAACUUCAACUGUUAAUUCUAUCAUAACUCCCGUGAUGACAUAUCGUCAGCUGGACGAUCUGAUAAAUAAAUGGAACCUUGAACUAGAGGAUCAAGAGAAGCACUUUCUUCAUCAGGCCAACCAGGUCAAUGCUUGGGACCGUACACUGAUUGAAAAUGGUGAAAAGAUUACUAUUUUACAUGGAGAAGUGGAAAAAGUGAAAUUAGAUCAGAAAAGACUGGAAAAUGAAUUGGAUUUUGUCCUGUCGCAGCAGAAGGAACUAGAAGAUCUCUUGAUCCCUUUAGAGGAGUCUUUGAAGGACCAGAAUAGUUCUGUUUAUCCGAAGUAUACAGAUGAGGAACGUGAGAGGAGUUACAAACUAGCAGAAAAUAUAGAUGCUCAGCUGAAGCAAAUGUCCCAGGAUCUCAAGAACAUUAUUGAACACCUGAAUAUAUUUGAAAGACCUGCUGACACUACUGACCCGCUCCAGCAGAUAUGCAGAAUUUUGAAUGCUCAUAUGGACUCUUUAGAAUGGAUUAGCAAGAAUUCAGGCAUGCUGCAAAGGAAGGUAGAAGAGGUAGCACAGGUUUUCCAGAAUCGUCUUCACCAGGAACAAGAACACAAUGUCAGGAUGGCUUUUAAUUGAAUUACCAUAUUGUCAGCAUGUUAUUUUUGGUUUAUACCAUUAUCUGCAAAUUUUGAUGACAUUAAAUAGAGUAGUAGUUACAAUUGGUAUAUAAUCUUUGGUUGCAAUAAAAAUGUGUGUGUUUAGGGUGUGGUUUUUUUUUUUUCAUUUAAAUAUUGUGCUGUUGAGAAUUAUACUGUAGUUUGGCUUUCAGUAUUAGCAAAUCAAAGCUAAUACUUUUAAAAUAUAAAUGUUUUUAUUGAUUUCAGAGAGGAAGGGAGAGGGAGAUAGAGAUAGAAAUAUCA